UCGCCGGACUCUUCCGGGCAUGUGCGCUGCUGUCAAAUCCGAAAUGUAAACAGAAAAGCUGCCCAGUUGUCGCUUAACUGAUCCCGUGACGCGAAAAUCCGCAUGUCUCUGAACGUUACAUGCCACCUCGGGGUGCUGCCGUUAGUUCAUUAGAAGCUUGUGAGCAGCUUGAAGUUGUGGUGGAGGAGUCCGGGUGACAGAGGUCGGGCAGGGGGGUGAGGAGAUGGGCUCCGUCCGCUGGGCUUUCCGCUAUGGAUCGUGGACCCCGAGCAGGUCUGAUUGGCUGUUUGCAGCUCGCUGCAUCCAACGGGAGGAGAAAGAGCGGAUCGGGGAGUUUUUGUUCGCCAAGGACGCAAAGUCAGCUAUGGCUGGCCGGUUGUUGCUCAGGAAGUUCGUGUUUGAGAAGAUGGGGAUCCCGUGGUCAGAGAUCAGACUGGAGCGAUCUCCCAGAGGGAAACCUUACCUGGCAGCACCUGUUAAGGUGAGUUCAGAGUCAGAACUGGCCUGGAGUUUCAAUCUCUCCCACCAAGGGGACUACACGGUGCUUGCUGCAGAGCAGGGGCGGCAGGUCGGAGUGGAUAUCAUGAAGAUAGCUAUGCCUGGUAGCAGCUCUGUGCCGGAGUUUUUCCGCAUUAUGACUCGUCAGUUUACAGCGCACGAGUGGAGCAGCAUCCAAUCAGCCGGCUCAGAGCGCCAGCAGCUCGCCGGGUUCUACCGCCACUGGGCCCUGAAGGAGAGCUUCAUCAAAGCCAUCGGCACCGGUCUGGGCUUCAACCUGCAGAGGGUGGAGUUUCACCUGCCGUCUGAGCCGCUCACACAGGGCCGGGUGCUGCACCAGACCAAGAUGCAUCUAGAUGAGGAAGAAGAAGAGGACUGGGUGUUCGAAGAGAGCUUGCUGGAUGCUGAUCAUCAUGUUGCUGUAGCACUCGGACCAGCAGACAAACCGUGCUCUGCACCUCUUCCUUUCUCUCUUCUUUCACCCACCACAUUUACCGUGCUGUCGUUCAGCGAGCUCAUCGCCUCGGCAUCGCCUCUAACAGAUGAAGACCCCGCCUACUGGGAUAGCUUUGAGAUGAAGGCUGAAGCUCCGCAGAGACAGAAGGAUACACACACGUCCACAUAGCUGCCUGUCUGAGGCUGACACUCAGCUGCCAUACAAAUACACACCUUUCAGAGGUGCCAAAGAAGAAACGCACAUUCACUGACACUGAAGUUGCUUUCGUAUUCGACUCGAAUCCAGUCACAUCCUGUCAAGUUUAUUUGCCAAGCCAGAACUUACAGGCUUGUCUCAAAGGACCUAAGAACUUAGACAGCAUCUGACACCAUCUAUCUUUAGAUUCUCAGUUCUGAUAAGUUAAAAAAAAAAAAAAAGAAAAACUCAACAAAAAUCACACACCCAAUACAGAUGCAAUACUGCACAGUUCAUCCAACAUGUAAUAUUAUUUAUUGUUCAUGAUAUGAUGUAUACUUUUGUAACUUCCUACACAUCAGGCCCCAGCCAUGAUCCUAGAAAAUGGUUGGCAACCACCUGGCAACCUCCAGUCGCAAGGGAAGAAUGUAUAUUCCCUGACCAGUUGAAGAGUGGUUGCUGGAGGUUGCUGGCAGUUGCAAGGUGAAAUUGGUCGCAAAGAGAUUUACGGUGCUGCACCAAAAACCUCCUUGUGAUUGCUUUGGUCACUAACAUUUUUUUGGGCUCUAUCAUCCAUCUGCAGAGAAACCCUUAUUUAUUCCAGCUAGAAAAGCCAAACAUCAUUCUUUACAUAUUCCAAGAGCAUGAUGGUAAAAAAAAAAAAAAAAAAAAAGUCUGCUGACCCAUAUACGACCCAUAAAGGCUAUAGUCCUCCUGCAGGGGCUCGGGUUUGAGUCCAUCCAGACCAGUUCCUGUCAUCCACCCUCACUCUUUCCAAACUUUCCUCUUACUCUCUGCACUGUUCAAUCUAAUGAAUGCAAAAAUGCCCAAGAUAAAUAAUCAGAAUCAGAAUCAGAAGGUUUUUAUUGCCAUAUGGGUGAACAGGUUCACAGCAUUAGGAAAUUGCUGCGGUACUUCGUGCUUACAGAAAAAAAAAACAAAUAAGUAUAAAAACUA